AUGGCUUUCCCCCCACCGGAGCAGGGUAACCCUCAGGGUAACAAUGGGCAUCUCCCACCGGAGCAGGGUAACCCUCAGGGUAACAAUGGGCAUCUCCCACCGGAGCAGGGUAACCCUCAGGGUAACAAUGGCCAUCUCCCACCGGAGAAGGGUAUCCCUCACGGUAACAAUGGGCAUCUCCCACCGGAGCAGGGUAACCCUCCGGGUAACAAUGGGCAUCUCCCACCUGAGCAGGAUAACCCUCAGGGUAACAAUGGGCAUCUUCACCGGAGCAGGGUAACCUUCAGGGUAACAAUGGGCAUCUCCCACCGGAGCAGGGUAACCCUCAGGGUAACAAUGGGCAUCUCCCACCGGAGCAGGGUAACCCUCAGGGUAACAAUGGGCAUCUCCCACCGGAGCAGGGGUAACCCUCAGGGUAACAAUGGGCAUCUCCCACCGGAGCAGGGUAACCCUCAGGAUAACAAUGGCCAUCUCCCACCGGAGCAGGGUAACCCUCAGGAUAACAAUGGCCAUCUCCCACCGGAGCAGGGUAACCCUCAGGAUAACAAUGGCCAUCUCCCACCGGAGCAGGGUAACCCUCAGGAUAACAAUGGCCAUCUCCCACCGGAGCAGGGUAACCCUCAGGGUAACAAUGCCCAUCUCCCACAGAGCAGGGUAACCCCAGGUAACAUGGCACUCCACCGGAGCGGGGUAACCCUCAGGGUAACAAUGGGCAUCUCCCACCGGAGCAGGGUAACCCUCAGGGUAACAAUGGGCAUCUCCCACCGGAGCAGGGUAACCCUCAGGAUAACAAUGGCCAUCUCCCACCGGAGCAGGGAAACCCUCAGGAUAACAAUGGCCAUCUCCCACCGGAGCAGGGUAACCCUCAGGAUAACAAUGGCCAUCUCCCACCGGAGCAGGGUACCCUCAGGUAACAAUGGGCAUCUCCCACCGGAGCAGGGUAACCCUCAGGUAACAAUGGGCAUCUCCCACCGGACCCAGGGUAACCCGCAGGGUAACAAUGGGCAUCUCCCACCGGAGCAGGGUAACCCUCAGGGUAACAAUGGCCAUCUCCCACCGGAGCAGGGUAACCCUCAGGGUAACAAUGGCCAUCUCCCACCGGAGCAGGGUAACCCUCAGGGUAACAAUGGCCAUCUCCCACCGGAGCAGGGUAACCCUCAGGGUAACAAUGGGCAUCUCCCACCGGAGCAGGGUAACCCUCAGGGUAACAAUGGCCAUCUCCCACCGGAGCAGGGUAACCCUCAGGGUUUCUAUUAUUUUCAGCUUUGGCAGACGGUGCUCAUCGCCAUCUGCCUGGCCUGCUGCAUGAUUCUAACAGUCGGGGGCAACCUGCUUGUGUUGCUCUCCUUCAUCGUCGAGCGAGCCAUACGCCAGCCUUCUAACUACUUCAUUGCCUCCUUAGCCAUGACGGACGUGAUCAUCGGAUCCGUUUCCAUGCCCUUCUACACCGUGUACGUGCUGAUGGGUGAGUGGACACUGGGGCCCAUCUUGUGUGAUCUGUGGCUCUCCGUGGACUACACCGUGUGCCUUGCCUCGCAAUACACGGUCCUUCUAAUUACAAUCGACCGCUUCUGUUCAGUGAAGAUCGCAGCCAAGUACCGCGGCUGGAGGACGCGAACGAAGGUGAUGGUAAUGGUAGCAAUGGUGUGGAUUAUUCCAGCGUUACUUUUUUUCAUCAGCAUCUUCGGAUGGGAACAUUUCGUUGGCUACCGCUCACUGUUGCCCAACGAGUGCGAAGUUCAGUUCUUGAGAGACCCGGUUUUCAAUACGGCUCUCAUUGUUACAUAUUACUGGGUCACACUUGUUGUUCUCUUUGUCCUCUAUGCCGGUAUAUAUAAAACAGCUUAUGACAUGCAGAAAAAGUCAGAAGCCAAACACAGGAAGAUGCAGACGUUGGUGGCCUUGAGUGCCGGGGGAAUGGCUGGCAUGGCCGGUCGCACGGCUGGCCUCGGGAUGAGCAAAACGCAGAGUACGUUAUUAAGUCAAGACAAGCCACAACCUGGCCCUCCACCCGUCGCCAGUAUCGUCGCAGCGCAGGCGCCGCAUGGAGGUUCUGGCGUCAGCGACUCGUCCUCGAGUCAAAAAACUUCUUCCAAGACAACAGAAACUACUAGUUUUUCAGAGCGUCGUGGAGAAACAACAGAAAAGUCUGAACGAUCAAGCAGUCCAGCCUUCGACUCUGACGAAGAGAGCAGUCAGAUACCAUUGCCCAAGCGGUCGGGCCUCCCAAACAGCACUGUCCCACGCCUUGACCCACCACCACAGCAUCGCAAAACUCCAACUACAGACACCCUUCCUAAGAUUCCAGAACAAAGCGUACUGGAUACCUCUACAACGUUAGAGGGUAGUUCUUCAUCUGACGCUGGUAUCGGAGCUCUGGCUGUGUCCCUUGCUCGAUCUCUUCCUUUACCCGACCACCAUCAUUCACAUAAGAAUAAACAAAGACUACCUGACGUAACCUUGCAUGAGUCCACCUUACAGUGCUCUGGACUACUGAAUGUGACGCUCGGGGCGGCCACCACGCCUCUAGCCAAGCGCAUGUCUGGCGAAUUUUCAAAAAAUGAUGAUGAAAAUAGUGGUCAUUCGGAUGAAACUAUAAGUGUGCAAUCUAAUGGAGAAUUAACGCCCAAACUAAAGCCCCUGCAGCCUCUCCACCCUACCUCACUGCCUCUUCGACCCAUCAGUACCGUGCCUAUCCUCCCAUUAGCAGCUUCCACACCAACAGACGCACUCGACGAAAGAGUAAUAGCUCCUCCAGCUAUGUUUGCUGACAGUAUGAGCGUAAGCAGUAUCUGCACCACACGACCCCCCUCCUCGUUAAACUACGGUCCUAUGGCCUACGAUAUCCUUACGGGCUUGGACACAGGCGAUCUACGAUACAUGGACGAGUCAUCAAUCAUCCUUCCAUCACCGGUAGUAGAGGAUCCACCCUCCUCUGUAUGGGCGGCUACUCUUCAUAGUCCCAACUCGCCCACAGUGCGCUCCCUUACUUCGGCAUUAACCACGCCUCACAGCAUUCAUCGCAAGAUCAGUCGCAUGCAGUCUCGCUCAGAUGAUGAAGAUUUAGAGAUGAGCAUCGAGGAAGCAGACGAAUCAGCAGACGCUGACGACGAGUGCUACGACAAGGAGGACAUUUCCGACCACUCAACCAAUGUGUUGGUUACUUCGAUCAUUCACGCUUGUACUGCUGUCACCAGCCUAGCGGGAUCGGAUAGGUACAAAAGUCAUCUUAGUCCCAAAAACGAAACUACUCCUGCCACUACCACCAACAGCGCCCCUAAUGCACACAACAACAUAGCGUCUGCAGCCAACAACUCCAACAAUACCACUUCAGCUGUGGUAGUACCGGCCACGCCUCAGGUGCGGCCUAGAGGGAUCAUGAGUGUGUCUGAGGUAGGGCGGCCGACACCCGGACCCACUAACCAACUCAUUACCACUCACAAUAUCAACUCCAACAAGACGGUAACGAGUGUUGCAAGAACAGAGUCUUCCUCACUUAUAGAGAAAGACAGGGGAAGUUCGAUGGCAGUUAUGUCUGAUGCUCAGAGCUCAAUUAAAGGCUCUCUCAAAGGCUCCAGGAAGGGCAUCGUUAAGUCCUUCCGCAGCUUAAAGAAAAAGAAGAAGAAGAGCGAAGGUGAAAAGAGGCACCGUUCCAAGUCAGAAAAUCGAGCUAACAAAGCCCUAAGAACUAUCUCUAUCAUCCUGGGAGCCUUUGUGGCAUGCUGGACACCCUAUCACAUCUUGGCAAUCGCCGAGGGUUUCUGCCAGUGCACUAAUACCCACGUCUACAUGUUCGCCUACUUCCUAUGUUAUGCUAACAGCCCCAUUAACCCUUUCUGUUACGCUCUUGCUAACCAACAGUUCAAGAAGACUUUCAUGCGAAUACUCAAAGGUGAUCUGCACAUAACGUAACGGCAUAGUGCGAUAGACUGUAUCGUUGAUAUUUACUUAAUUAUCUGUGAUAUCUAGAGACCAUCUGUGGGUGCGGCAUGAGUGAGGGUUUGUGCUUGGUGUACUGGGGUAAGUGAUGUGUAUAGUGUUCAGUAUAAUGUAUACACCAGAGUACGGGAGUAUGGCGCUCAGUGCCUCGUGUACGGUGAGCAGUAAGAUGUAUAUAGUGAACAGUUCCAUGUAUAUAGUACGCAGUGCGAUGUAUAUAGUAUCCGGACCAGUGUGUAUCAAGUAUUCAGUGCGAUAUAUAAAAGCCUCAGUAUAGUUUAGUUAUAACCAUGUAAUAUGUACGCAUCCAAGUGCAGUGAGUACAUUCCCCAGUACUGUCUACACCUAACAGCAACGUGCUUACAUGCCCUACUAUUUUUGCAUAUAAGUCUGAAAACUGUACACACCUAACUGUGCUGUGCACACAAGCCUGAAGACGGUGUGCAAAUUCUUUUAUUCUGUGCAUACAUGCCUUAGUACUGCGUGUACACAACAGAGUUCAAUGUACAUGUCUGAGUGCUUUAUGAAUCUCCUUUUGUGAUGGGUACACAGACACUCAGUGCAGUAACAUCCUCUCACUUCAAUCAGUGCCUCAGUGGGGUAUCUGAACCUAAACCUCUUACGUGUACUGUCAUAUGUAAUGCGCACUUGCAUCAUCACACUUGUACAUUCAGUACAAUUGCACAUAUCUGAUAUUCAAAUACACUAGUUACAGAGUCUCACAAGCACCUCACUUUCAUUGCGGUGUAGAAAAGAUAAAGAUUCAGUAUUUUCUAUGUGUAUGUGUGUGUGUGUGUGUGUGUGUGUGUGUGUGUGUG